UAUGCCGCUGACAAUGAUCUGCGGCGGUGACUGUGAUAACUGAUCCGCGUAAACCCUAUCCUCAUCGCUAAACGCGAGCAGUGGCAGUGGAGAAAGAUCGCACGACGGCCGCUGAUAGAGCACGUCUCUUGAUGACUCGCGCUUUACGAAGGCCGCAGGCAAGCCGGAGCUCGCAAUUAUGUUCGAUGUACCGCGGAAGUUCUACGAGCUGUGUCGCCUUUGUUUAUCCCCGGAUGGUGUCAAGUUGUCCAUAUUCGAGGAGGAGGAUGGAACCCAGCGGAACUUUGCCGAAAGGAUAUUGGCGUGCCUGUCAAUCACGGUAAAAGAUGGUGAUUCCUUACCAGGAAUUAUCUGCCAUCGGUGUGUAUAUAAGUUGGAAGUGCUGCACAACUUUCGCGAAGCGUCGCAAAAGUCUGACAUCAUACUCAAACAGUACCUGGAUUAUACCAAGCAACUUUCGUCUUCAGACGAGCAGAAAGAGUCUUUCUCCACUGCCAAAGUAGCGGGCGAAAGCCCUCUGCAAUCGUUCCUCGAGUUGAACAGACUCUUGUUCAACGAGGAGCCUAACUCCGAGCCGGCCAGCAUUAAUCAAAGUAUAAUACCUCAAACUCAAAGGCAUCAUCUAGAGUUGCAAGACAGCAAUAUGCCAGAGCAUGAUAAUAUUAAGUGUGAGCCAGAGGAUGACACGUGCUCCAACAGUUCUGAUCCUGAACGAUUAGAGAUUGAGGAUUGCGAGGAGCAGGAGAUGGAAGGCGAAGAAAAUGGCUACGAUAUGACCGUCAAUAAGAGAAUGAAAUUAGAGAGCAACUAUGAUGGCUCCGAGUCCAACACAGCGAAUUGUAGCCCAGUUAACAGAAUGGAUACUCCAGAGAGCAAUUGCUCCGACACCAACAUCGAUCAGGAGACAACCAAGCUGUGGCAAGCCCUAGCCAGCAACAGAAACUUGGAAAUUACACGAACGAACGGUGAUAAGCACAACAAUGGAUACACCGGUGAGGCGACCAAUUUGCUACGCUCUUUGAUCAGCAACAGGCAAAUCGGUAUCACCGCCGUCGAUUCGGGCAAGAUAUCUCCGCAAAUGAGAUUCUAUAGGGACACCCAGGGAACGACCAUGGAACGUAUGCAGACCGAUUUUCCUAUGCUUGGUAGUCGAACUUCAGAAAAUAAGAGUGCCUCGAUAGACAGCAAUCCGUCUAGCCCCGCCAGCGUCGGUCGCAAGGAGACAACGGGAACGACGAAAGGUCGCAGAAAGCAGAGUUAUCCCAGUAAAGCACCGGUGAGUCCGGACGUUGUUGCAAAUUUUCAACAUGAACACAAUAAUGAGGAAAAGGCGCAAGAUUUUACAACGUGGUCGAACAAGAUGAAGCAUAAGAUGGAUGAUCAAAAGCAACAGUUCGACCAGCAAAGUAGCAACGCUGCGAAAAAAGUCGACAUGUCUUGUACAAAUUGCGGCACCAUGACAACAACUAUUUGGAGAAGAAACAUGAAGGGCGAGAUGGUAUGCAAUGCCUGUGGGUUGUACUACAAGCUUCAUGGUGUUAAUCGUCCGGUCACCAUGCGGAGGGACACCAUACAUACGCGCAGACGUAGACCCAAAGGCGAAAAGCCAAUGAGACACAGAAAAAAAAGCGACGCGGUUUUAGUAUCUCCAUCAUCAGCAGAACAAUUGGAUGCUGAAAGUGCGGACAUGGUGGCAGCUCUUCGACGACAGAUCCAGCCUUUCAUGGACCACCAGAUGAUGGUGUCGCCUACGCGUAUACCCAGAGGCCAUCCGCCUCCACCUGCGGCUUUCUCAUUACCUUUGCCUAGUUACAUAAUUCACCAACAUGUGAAACCCGAGGAACGCAUGCAGCGGCACUUGUCCGUGGACACUGAAGAAGCCGACGAAGGCGACGAGGAAAACGUCUCCGACGUUCCCUUGAAUCUGGUGGCGACUUCGCUCUCGGAAUAGACGCUCUGAGACAAAUCUGGCCAAGCUUCGCGCCUAGGUAUGCUAACGAAAGCUUUCUAGAUGGCACAGUCCACUCGGUGGACUACUGUUGGCGUUUACUACGGUUAGACGUCCAUGUCCCUUCUGGCAGACUCUCCAUCCCCCCAACUUUUCUCUAUGAAAUCAAUUCACAACUGGGGACUUGCGACGACGUUUCCGUGGAAGAGAGCCGCAAGACUCGCGACGCGAUGCAGCGCGCGCGCGAGAGAACGAGAUGAUAUUAAUUACGCAGUAUUAAUUAUUCACGAUGUACAUAUAUAUAUACAUAUAUAUAAAUAUAUAAAUAUGUAUAUGUAUGUACAUGAUAUACACGCCACAUAUGAACACACACACUUGGACGCAUAUAGAGAACCAUGUGUGUACACGCACACACACACAUAAAAUGUACACACGAAGACACAGACGAGCAAACGUUAAAACAUAUACGAGAAAAUAUUUUUAUACAAAAUUUUGUAUGCUCGCCCGUUGUACAUAGACGCGCCCGUGGAUUUGACCCGCGGCGCCGCGCUCGGAGGUGCGUGCUCUUCAUUGUUGUCGUCAUCGUCGUUUUGUUCCAUGUUAUACAUGAGUAUCUUUCGAUCGGCGAUUUUACGGUAACCGGGACGGCGAUGGCUUCUCCAAUGACGUACCUGUAACGUCGUUUUGGCUUUCGACAUUCAGUCGUAUAUUACGCUCCAAAUUUUAAGGUCCUUUCAAACUUUUAUACGUUGCGCGAUGAGUGUUGGAUUUUUCACUUUAUUUCGAACUGAAUCAGCAAAACGGAAAUAUUGUCCAUUCAAUAUCUCAAAUGCAAUUGUUGAGCAAAUUAGUCUGGUGAAGCUUAUUUCGCGUCUUCUGAAUUGAUUUCAUUGAUUGUGUUAUGCCAAUUGUUAGUUUCAACAAUAUCGGAACGGAAGUCAAACUGAGCUUGUCUAAUAGAAAGAUUUAUCGAUUGAGAUAUUUUUCAUUGCGGCUCGUGUAUUUUUGCUAACUAGCCAUAUACUUGUUCAAAUAAAAAGACUGAAAAUGACUUGGUUAGAAAAGCAAGUAUAUGUAUCACAGAAACUUGUCGUAUAUAUUGAUGCACGUUCAAUAGAAAUUUUAAUAGAAUUUUUGUCGAUUAUGUCGAGAAAAUAUAUCCUAGUUUCGACCAUUGAAUUUCUUGUCGUAUAUUUUAGAAGUUUAAAUCAAUCUCAAGUGACGUAAAGCGUAAAAAUAGUCAACGCUAUUAGCAAAAUCUAUUUUCGAUUAAAUUUCAUUAGAAUUAAAUGAGGGGUUCACAGGAAGAGUGAAUCAAGUCCAUUUUUGUUAGAAAAUUAGUUCCAAAGUUAAAGUUGUUUUAAUUGUGCGCAACAUGUACACUGUUUUUCAUAGAUGCUGUAGUUUCUUUUAAUUUUAACCUCAACAUUUUCACUCACUUUUAAAUCAUUUGGUGAAAACUGUGCAAUUUUUUUCUAAUUUAUAAAUGGAUUUAAAUAAAUACUUGGUCGACUUUUCCUCUGAAUCAGUCGUCCCUCAAAUGUAGAGAUGGAGAUUUGUCGCAACUUGCUCUUCAAUUUCGGCAUUAUAUUAAUCAUUAGCGUAGUAAGAUUUUUUCCGAGGAAAUGAAAAACUCAGCGAAAGAUCCUACAUUUCAUACGCAACAUUUUGACAAAGGUUUGUCCGAUGCCGACGAAAAAUACGAGCGAUUGACAAUAAGGGUUGUAGAAAAGGAUUGGCGCAAUCGGGCGACAUUUUGGGGCCUGAAAGGAAGAGAAAAAAAAAGAAGCAAAAUACUAGCAACUAUGCUACAAGAACGUGCCUCCUCGUGCUCUCCGUUGCUCAGAGGAGGCACUCGCGGAGCCUUAAAUUAGAGACCUGUAGAUGCUAUCGAAUUGCGAGAUCUGCUGAGACUACGCGAACGUUUUCUCCCUUGAAAGACUUGUACUUAAUCUUGAACCGUACUCGCACGCAAUUAGCUAAGCUAAGACUCCGGAAGCAAUAAGAAUCGCGACGCGGCGUAUAAUAUAUAUAUCUAUAUAUGUAUACAUUGUCGUCGUUAAACACGGAGAUACUCAGUUACGCGCCCCCUUUUUCGACGAAUAAGCGGGAGACGCGCAAGAAGAAACUUAAGAAAGUAAUACUUAGAUAGCGUUUACUCUCAUGCGCCGGAUCAUAAUGAAAAAGAAUUCAAUUAAUAAAUUUUACGGCUCCACUGCUGCUGCGUAGUUAGUUUUUAGAAUCAAAAUGGAGAGGCUUUUGCUCCCGAUAGAGUAAUGGAAUCUGUAGUAUUCUAUAUCUACCUCCUGUACACACUUACAGACCGUUUAUUCUAUAAAUUUGCGCUUCUAUUAUCAGUUUCUCGUAAUGAACUUGCUCUUCGAAGUUGAGAUGGAUUCGGAUGAAGGUGCGACUUAGCUCUUAAUCACCGAAAUGUAUUGCGUGAGACACGAAUGUAUCGCAACGCGAAACGAGAACACAAUGCAGAGGCUAUGGCUUAGACGCGAAUUUCUUACACAUCUCAACUGCGACUAGAAUUUCCCGCGUUAGAUCCUAAUUCGCGAAAUUUUUCUUUCCUCAAUUUUGAAGCCGUGAACGUGGCGAAAUAACGAAAGAGGUUAGCGAGCCGUUCGAGGGUCUCCGCCGUUUUUCCAGAAUUGUACAGAUAACACGUCAAGAGAAAGGGCGUUUAGUGACCUUACAUAGCGCAUAAUACUAUGGCCAGUGCAUCUACUCAUGGUAUCAUAAUAUUUAAUGUGUCGUAUACCUAAACAACAUUGCCAAAAAUAGAUUUAGUCUACGUACGUAGGAUAGUUAAGCACGUACACAAAAAUUUAACAGUCCCCGUCUUUGUUCUAUCUUUAUACUGUCUUCUCUUCGCUCCCUUCUUCUCUGUUUAUUAUUCUCGUUCUCUGUUUCUCCAGCCUCUUUACUUCUUCAAAACGACGGAACACGUUUGUAUUUAUUUCCGUUCCCUCUCCCGAUUCUCUUUUUACGCGGAGACCCCCGGAACGUUCUCGCGGCAUUUCGAAAACAGCUCGCAGCAGUCCGCGGAGUAUCUUAGCAUCGGUUGUUAUCGAAGAAGCCUUAUAAACAAAUACAUUUCCCGUUGGCAACGCCGCUCUUUUCGACUUUAAGCUUUCCUUCCACAGUUGUCGGUCAAUUUUUCGUCGAACAAAUAUUCAUACCGAUGAUUCAAGCGUUCAUUCGCGAAUAUGUGUGAUUAAAAACGAGAAAGAUAUGCAAAAACACAUCACUGUGCAAAAUCUCUACUUGUAGCGACUCUAACUUUUAAUUUUAGACAAAAGAACGGCGUUGGUGUCGGAAUACUCUGUAUAUACAUAUGUUGAGAGAGAGAAUAGGGCUUGGAAUGAUAUUCUCCUAGAUAUUUUAUAAGAAAAAAGAUCUUAAUGCUGAGUGUUUCUGUGGAAUGUUUAACUCGUAGCGUAUUCCGAACGCUAAUCAUUGUGAAAUAAUUAAAAUCGGCAAAAAUAUCUCAAGUGAAAAGUUAAGUUAUUAAUGUGAAUAAUUUUUGUAGUAUUUGGUAGUAUUUUGUACAAAAAUAUUUUGUACAUAUAUAUAAGAGAGG